UGGGUUCCAGCUGAUUAUUGCAGCUUUGACAUGGUUACAAUAAUGAACAAUACAAUAAAAGAACCACUAUAGUUGUUCAACAGUUUGUUCUAAAACAAAGCAUCUUGAGCCACUCAUAAUUAUGACACCUGACGGAUUAUCAAUAUAAUGGAGACGUAAUCAGAAUACCACGUUACUAAAUAACAAGCGACUAAAUUUGAAAGGGAAGUGAACCAUCUCACCCCCUCCUACUCUUUGUUGUUCACUAAACGACAAACCAGGAAGUAAAACCAAAAAUGCUCUGAACGUGUUACAGGAAAAUCCAGGGCAUCGGCAGUGAAAGAGGAACCACAUGGUUCUUGGGAGAAGUUCAAAGGACAGUAACGGCACAACCGUCUGUCGGAUAGGGGUCCCCCCGGUUCAGCCCUUAAACCCGCCGACGCCAGUCUCUUAAGAAGUUUUCGAACCGCAUUUGUCUCGAGUAAUUCAUAAAUAGCGUCCGCUUCUUUAUUUUUUUGGUCCAUUUGGUAAAAAACUGCACUCCGAACUCGUAAAACUACUGCAGCAUUUUACCCGCUGAACCACACCGUUUUCAUUCAGAACAGUGACCAACUGGGAUGGCUUCAGACGCUUCACCUGGACGCGCACUUUGAAGAAAAAAAAGCAUACCGGAAGUGUUGUGUGUACGCAAUUCAUGGAACACACAUUGAGCCCGUAGACAGCUGUCGGGUUCAUCCUCCUCCACCAAACGAGUAUGGAGCUCGCGCAGUGCUGCGACAGCACACGCGCCGCGUCUCUCCGUUUCCGCUCACUCUCUACACCCGCCCGUAGCCGGCAGGUAGCCCAGCGGCAUGCCGUCUGACGUGGAGUACAGCCCGGUGGGAGAGGGGCUGGCGAUGCGCGACUACUGGCUGUAUGUGUGGCUCCGGAGGGCGGCAGUGAUAGCGGCUCAUGUCACCGGCCUGGGCCUGACCCUCCUCAUCUCCCUGCUGUCCAGACCCGGAACCAGUCUGUUUUCUUGGCAUCCCGUGUGCAUGUCUGUGGCAUACUGCCUGUGUAUGACUGAAGGCAUCCUCCUCUUCUCGGCCGAAGGAUCCCCCUUUUGCUUCAAAUCUCGGAAGUGUAAGGUCCGUCUCCACUGGUUCUGUCAGGCUCUGGUCCUGAUAGCUGCGGCCACCGGUCUGGGCUUCAUGUUGGCCAGCAAGAACGUGUCGGAGCUCCCCCACCUGGUCACCUGGCACAGUUGGUUGGGCAUCAGCACCUUGGCAGCCACCGCACUCCAAGCGGCGUGCGGUAUCUGCAUGAUCUUCCCGAAGCUGCUGCCUCUGUCCUCCCCGGUGAAGAUGAAGCUGUACCACGCCACCUGCGGCCUGGUGGUCUACCUGCUGGCCACGGUGACCGUGGUGUCGGCCAUGUUCUCAGACUGGUUCCAGGCCACAGUAAAAGGGUUGGCCUGGUGGGGCUUCCUCCUGCUGCCCCUCUUCCCCGCUCUGGUGGUGAUGAACCAGAUCACUAAUGCCCACCUGCCCCGCAAGAAUCUCACGAGCUAGGAAGCAACUUUGUUCGUACAGCGGACAUUUUGGCUCUACGUUGUACUCAGAGGCCCAGACAAUCACAUGGAAGAGUUCUCCCUAAAGUAGAUGUUUCAAGUAGAAUAAAUAAGGAGGAUAGCUCGACAUGCUGACACUUAUAAAUGCAUAUCAACAAUUACACACUGAUGUCAGGGGCUGCCAUGCAAGGUGCCACCUGCUCAUCAGAUUGAUGAGAAAGCGAGACAUUUAGGAUUCCAUAUCUUACAAAAUAACCAGAGUUAGUUUUUGUGUUGGCAGCAGGAAGCUGUGUUUUAGUGAGGAGUUACCAAAACUAUUCCAUUUGAUGAAUUCAUUAAAGUAAUACAUGUUAAAUUACGUCAUUAAUUUGAAGAAGUAAUUUUAAGGUGCAAAAUAUAAACAUCAAUUUAACAGUAUGCAUUAUUACUAGGUUGUGUCCAUGAUUUAAAAAGAAUUAUACAUCCAGUUUUUCUACUGACCUAGAGCCAUCUCCUAGUGGCCAGUAGAAGAACUGCAGCUUUAAACUUUGACAUCAGCCUCUUUGACUCAGAAUCAAAUGACACUUUGCACAAUCUGUGAAAUACCAACAUGUAUACACACAGGGAGCAGGGCGGCAGGCGACGCUUAUUGAUACAAACUACUUGAGGCAAUUCCAUCGGAGUAGUUGGAGGACAGCUGGACGUCUCAUCUUCAGAGGAAUAUUUGCACUACUUAUGCAGUUACAAAAGUCUCAGUUUGUAUAGACUGGUUUCUGAAGGGAAGUUAUGUUUAUGAGGGCACGUCUUCAGAGAUGAAGCCACUCUCGAUGAUUAAUACCCAGCCUGUACAUUUUUAUUUAUUUAUUCAUUUAUGAUCUUUUGUGUUGUGUCUGUCUUGGCUGCUCAGAGGUUCUACAUGAAGCAGUUUGGUAUCUUAAGUUCUAUUAAUCAAAAUAUUAUUCAUAUUAAAAGGGGCAGUAUGUGACACUGCAAAUUAAUAUAGUAGCAAACAAAUAUUGGCUAUGUAACGGUAUAGUGGAGUAAUGUCUACCUAAUGCCUGAUUCCUCAGAUAAACAGUUAGCUCUGAGUCCUCAUAUGAUUAUACAAAUGCUAGCAUUGACAGAAAUAACAUGAUGUAACCUGCAUGAAGCACCUCUGGGUCACGAGCUACUACUUAUUUGUCUGUUUUUUGUCUUUGAAGGGCUUGUUUGCUAGCCAUGCUCGUUUUGGUUCAGUUAUUUUGUGGUAAUCAAAAGUAAAAAUGUAUGUGUUCCUCCGUUAUAAAGGACUAACUACUUUUGUCCAGGACGCUCAGUAUCUCUUCAAGAAGGACCUAAAGAUUGUACUUUUCCAUCCAAUUCAGAACUACUGUGAUGAGCCCCGGUGAAAGGAGUCCAAACCAGCAUCAUUAUGAAUGAAGAAGGCUUCUUCUGAACUUAAGUCAGUCAGUGUGAUCGAAUAAAGACUCGGCAUUAGUGGUGAGCAGAGUUCCACAGUCGAAGGUGUGUAUAGGAACCCACUUCCUCUACUUCAGCAGAGAAAGCAGGCGGGCCAAAGGCUGUCCUUAUGAAUGUUGGUACCCAGUCUCCCCAGUAGAGGCUCUGGGCCUGCUUGUACCUCCACUGCCGGACCAGGCCUCCUCUGAGAGGAGCUGGUGUGGGAUUAGGAAUCAUUCUAAACAUCAAGCAUGUACCAAACAAGAAUUUAUAAAGAUUGAGGAAUUGUUUCUUCUUCUUUAGGAUAUUACACUGAUGAUCCGUUGUAUUAUUAAUCUAUAAACACAAUUCUACCCAUCUCCAACCAUUUGAUACGGUCGUUGGGAUGGCUUCACAGCAUGGGGGCACGUUUACUAAAAGCAGGUCGUUUCCACCAGUCAGCCGGUCGUUUCAGGAGGAUGCUCAGUGAGACGGAUGAAUGUUUGUCAUUUCUUAAAGCUGAUGCACAGACACCUUUUAGAUGUACUGGUCCUGCAGCACCUUGUCUUAUUCACUUCUAGGCAGCUUAUGCAAAUAUGCAUCAGUGGUAAGAUAUCCAUUUAAAAUGACUGGAUGGUAUCUACUGUGUGACUUAUGUACAGUAACGCACCGGUUGUAGGAUGUGCUGAAUGCUGGGUAAUGAAUGUUACGUAACCAGGAGUUCUUCCCCAAACUAGGUUUGACCUUCAAGUUUUCCUUUAUUAAAAUCAGGGUUUUUACUGAUAGAAAGAUGGUUUGUCUUUCUGAACUGCUCUUCCUUGAUGCGUAUGUUUGCUAUUUUCAACAAUUAUGUUUCACUUACGCUUGGGUGAAAAGCAUGUGCUGCAAUAAAUGUAGAAAAUUACACUGUGUUCUUUUUGAAGUUAGUUUUGUUAAUGAAAUGGUGGGAAUCAAGUUUAGAGAUUGUGUGAAUUGUGUACCUUCUUUACUUUAAGUGUGCUUCUCAGGUCUUUGCUGAGCCCAUUCAGUGUUUAUGAGGCGAUUACAAGGGAAGUUAUAGGUUUGUUUUUGUCUAGUCCUUGUUAGCUGUUUUCAUUUCUAGAGACAAAUCCAUUUUUGGCAAACAAUAAAAGCAAACAGACAUA